CAGAUGAAGAGAAUCAAGCCAACUGCCACGCGCAUAUGAACAUAGAGAGAAACAAAAAAAUUAUCUUAACAAUAUGCCUCAGUUGACUCUCUCCUUGUCUCUUCUCCCUCAACUCAUACUCCAUACUAGUUUUAUUCUCUCCUUCCCAUGUACAUCCUUAAUUUAAUUAAUUAACAAUUCGUUACCAACUAUACAAACCUCAUUUCAUCAUCAAUACCUACCUGUCUCCUCCACUUUUUUCUUAAUUAAAUUAUCAUAUAAAUAAAGUGUUAUGUAUAUAUACAUUUCUGCAACUUUAUGAUCAUUGUUACCCAAAGAAGAUUCUCCAAAAAUGAGGAAAGAAGGGGGUAAAAUUACGGACCAAUACGAAAUCUCGGAGGUAUUAGGCCGAGGAGGAUUCUCAAUUGUGAGAAAAGGAACAAGAAAAUCAUCAAACGGUACUGAAGACAGUCAUGAUCAAGUCAACAAACGACAUGUAGCGAUCAAAACGCUGAGAAGGGUUGGGGGUGGGGGCAAUACCGUAAUUUCAAGCAGAGGAAUGAAACUGCAGAGCUCGAUGACCUCCGGAGCCGUGUCGGACGCGCUUCUGACGAACGAGAUCUUGGUGAUGCGGAGGAUCGUGGAGAACGUAUCGCCGCACGAGAACGUGAUUGAUCUGUACGACGUGUUCGAGGACACUCGAAUCGGCGCCGUUCACCUGGUCCUCGAGCUCUGCUCCGGCGGAGAGCUCUUCGACAGGAUUGUCCGCCAGGAGACCGUCUACUCGGAGGUCGACGCCGCCACCGUCGUUAGGCAGAUCUCAGCGGGGCUGGCGGCGCUCCACCGGGCCAACAUCGUGCACCGAGAUCUGAAGCCGGAAAACUGCCUUUUCCUGGACGAGAGUCCUAAUUCACCAUUGAAGAUUAUGGAUUUUGGAUUGAGUUCAGUGGAGGAGUUCACUGACCCAGUUGUGGGGCUGUUCGGCUCCAUUGAUUACGUCUCACCGGAAGCUCUAUCUCAGGGGAAUAUUACUCCCAAAACUGAUAUGUGGUCUCUUGGUGUCAUCUUGUAUAUUCUGCUUUCCGGGUAUCCACCUUUCAUUGCUCAAUCAAACCGGCAAAAACAACAAAUGAUUCUAGCUGGAGAUUUCAGCUUCUAUGAGAAGACUUGGAAAAACAUAUCUUCUUCAGCAAAGCUAUUAAUCAAGAGUCUCCUUACCGUUGAUCCGGAAAAGAGGCCCAGUGCUUUAGAGCUACUGGAUCAUCCAUGGGUGAGAGGUGAUUUGGCGAAGGAGGAUCAAAUGGAUGGUGAAGUUGUAACAAGACUGCAGAGCUUCAAUGCCCGACGCAAGUUUCGCGCUGCCGCCAUAGCCAGUGUCUUGAGUAGCUCCAUUUUCUUAAGGACUAAACAACUCAAAUCCUUGUUGAAAUCCCAUGACCUUUCUCAAGAUGAGAUUGAAAACCUCCGAAUUCAUUUCAAGAAAAUAUGCGCAAAUGGUGAUAAUGCCACUCUGUCUGAAUUCGAGGAGGUGUUAAAAGCCAUGAACAUGUCUUCACUAGUUCCUAUGGCAUCUCGCAUAUUCGACCUAUUCGAUGACAAUCGUGAUGGCACUGUUGACAUGCGAGAGAUACUCUGUGGCUUCUCCAGUCUCAAGAAAACCCAAGGUGAUGAAGCUCUUCACUUGUGCUUCCAGAUGUACGAUACAGAUCGAUCAGGAUGCAUCACUAAGGAAGAAGUUGCUUCCAUGCUCAGAGCCUUACCUGAUGAGUGUCUUCCAGCAGAUAUUACUGAACCUGGGAAACUGGAUGAGAUAUUUGAUGUCAUGGAUACCAAUAGUGAUGGAAAAGUUACAUUUGAGGAAUUUAAAGCUGCCAUGCAGAGGGAUAGCUCACUCAAAGAUGUUGUCCUCUCCUCUCUUCGUCCCCAAUAGAUUUCCCACUUGCAACUUUGAUGUGAUAACUCUACAAUGUUCUUCCUUUUCAUGUAUCGCCAUUAUGUAAGGAUAGCUGCUAUAGGCAUUAAUUAAACGACAAUGACGAAAGUAAAAUGACACUUCUAUAAGAGCAUUUUCCAAAUUAUUAGGAUAAAGCUUUCUCAUUCUUGUUUGAUGCCCAAUACAAAAUGUGAUAUAUUUCUAGCUAUUAUAU